AUGGCUCAAAAUACCUUGUACGUGCUUCCACCUUCUCCAAGAAGUGUGUUGAUCUUGGCUUUGGCCAAGUACUUGAAGAUUGACGUUGACGUUGUCGACAUCACUAAAUCCAAGGACGAAAAGUUCACCAAGGCCUUCCCAUUGGGUAAGGCUCCAGCCUUCAUUGGUGAAAACGGUUUCAAGUUGCACGAAGUUAUUGCUAUUGCUUAUUACUUCGUCAACCUAUCCGAAGAUGAAGAAUUCAAGGCCGCUCUUUUGGGUAAGAACGCCAAGGAAGAAGCUGAAAUCUUGAAGUGGGUUUCUCUAUCCAACUCUGACUUCCCAACCUCUCUAUUCGGUGCUAUCAUGCCUAUCACCGGUAGAGUUCCAUACAACAAGAAGGUCGUUGACACCAACUUGGAAAAGUUGGCUUCCAUCUCUGCUGUCUACGAAGCUAGAUUGAAGAACUACACCUACUUGGUUGACGAAAGAAUCACCUUGGCUGACUUGUUCGCUGCUGGUGUUUUCACUGCUGGUUUCGCCACUUUGAUGGAUGCCAAGUGGAGAGCUGACCACCCAGCCAUUGUCAGAUGGUUCAAGACCGUUGCUGCUUCUCCAAUUGUUGCUGAAUACUUCUCCAAGACCGAAUUUGUUGAAGAAGCUAUCAAGUACACUCCACCAAAGAAGGAAAAGAAGGAACAACCAAAGAAGGAACAACCAAAGAAGGAAGCUAAGCCAGCUGCUGCUGCCGACGCUGACGCUGCCCCAGCUGAACAACCAAAGAAGCCAAAGCACCCAUUGGAACUUUUGGGUAAGUCUACCUUCUCUUUGGACGAAUGGAAGAGAACCUACUCCAACGAAGACACAAGACCAGUUGCUUUGCCAUGGUUCUGGGAACACUACAACCCUGAAGAAUACUCCAUCUACAGAGUUGACUACAAGUACAACGACGAGUUGACUUUGACUUUCAUGUCCAACAACUUGGUUGGUGGUUUCUUCAACAGAUUGUCUGCUUCCGUCAAGUACAUGUUCGGUUGUCUAGUCGUCUACGGUGAAAACAACAACAACGGUAUUGUCGGUGCUGUCAUGGUCCGUGGCCAAGACUACGCCCCAGCCUUUGAUGUUGCUCCAGACUGGGAAUCCUACUCUUACACCAAGUUGGACCCAACCAAGGAGGAAGACAAGGAAUUCAUCAACAACAUGUGGGCUUGGGACAAGCCAGUCGUUGUCAACGGCGAAAACAAGGAAAUUGUUGACGGUAAGGUCUUGAAAUAG